UAUAAAUCUCUCAUUCGUUAGCUCAAACGCAGCCACGAGCAACUUUUCUCCGCUCCAAACGAGCGAAACUGUUAAAGUCUAAUUCGCGCGAAAGAAAGUGGUCUGCGUGGUUUGUUGUGUAUACGCGGGAGCGGGUACGGAAAAAGAAAGUCGGAUCACUGCUGCCACGAUCGACAAGCCGAGCCUAUAGUCAAGUGGCGGUCGCGGUGGUGUGAGCAGUGAGUGUGUUGUCGGUGGUGAAAUGAGCCAAGCCACAGUCCAUAGCCAUAGAAGAGUGGUUGGCUGAUACGAGGUAGCUUAACAUACCCAAGGCUGCCAGCUGCCAGCUCAAACUGUUUUCGGCCGUUUCGCGGACUGGUUGGUACUUUCUAUUUUGCUCUCGCUCGAGCUGGCGCAGGGAGCUCGAAACUGCGCUCCAGCAGACGUAUCGCUUCGUACGGAUUGCAGUGUGUGCCUGGGUGUUUGCGCUUGCGGUUUUUGGCCGCGUUACAGAAACGAAACGCAACAGAAGCGAAAACCAACGGAUUGUUUGCAAAUGCUAAUUAUUAAAAUUUCUCAACUUUCCUAACGUCAUAGUGUCUGGCAUCGGCCACCGAUAUUCGAUGGUGUUCGUCCUGCACGUGGUCACGAUUCUCAAUGGAAUUGAUUAAAAACAAAUAAAGUCCGGAAAGAAUUCCGACUAUCUACCUACGUAGACGUAAGUGCGAUAGAUCCCCGCCGGGAAAGGUCUAAACAGUGUAGAUAAGCACCGGUGACGAGAACAAAGCCGAUCAGAAAAAAGGGACGUGGUCUUUUUUUUUGUCGAUAAAAUUUUUUUCCGUAGCAGAGUGACGUGAUUGAGAGUGAAAAUAAAACGCAAAUAUUCCGGUGUGCACGCUGAAGUGAUUCAUUUACUGCGUAGCAUGUUGUUCAAGAUGAAACAACUUUGCGGCCCAGGAGCGGCACUGGUAGUGUCGUUGCUCGUCAUCGCCGGGACAUUUCUGGAUUCAGCGGAUGGGAUGAGCUUAACCAGCGAAAGAGAAAGUCGAAGGUUAUUUGGAGGCUAUCGGAUAAUGCCAAAAUUUUGCAACGCCACAAGGUCACUGCUGAAGCGAGACUCGGAGCGACGGGGUCCAACGAUUUGCAUGUUCAACCACGAGUGCUUCCAACGGCAAGGUGAAGUUGUGGGAGCCUGUAUGGAUGGUUUCCUGUUCGGCACUUGCUGCGAAUUGCCGCUUAGCACUGAUGCUGCCCUGGUGACAGAUUCGCUGAUGGAGCAGUUCGGAACAGAUAUUACAGAGAGCACACCCCAGUCGCCGCUCAACUAUGCCAUCGCCAGUCAGUACGAGAAAUUCGGCAGUCAGCAAUCCGGCUCUGGUUCCGCACUCGAAUCAGUAGCCUACGAACCAGUCAAGUUAGAAGAAACGCCAACAAAAAACAACAGUGACAGCGAAGUAAAAGCACCAAACUCUACGCCUAAUCGAAUUCCUAUAUUCAAUAAAUUGCAUAAUAAUUACAUCGGAAAUGACGAAUUGGAUGAAGAUAUUGUGCAAAGCAAUCUUAAUAAGCAUAAAUAUGAACUGGAAGACAGUGCAGUUUCUAUAUACUCUCCAUCAACAUCCAACAUCAAAUCUGAAGAAAUUGAAAUCGCAACAACGGUUACUCCACCACCGAUUAUAGUUGACAGUAACAAUACCAAUUACAUUAAAGUUGAGAUUGACAACCAGCACAAUGUCUAUAGCUCUGAGAUACCGUCUUCUCUGAAUGCCUACAACGAUUUUAACUUAUUCGACGCAAUUAAUACAGGUCCAGGUGCAUCCAUUGAAACGAGCACUGAUAUCACAUCCGCUGGUGUUCAGAUGAUUGCAAGCCAAAUCUACCAGGAAAACCAGUUAUUCGAUCACAGUGACAUAACCCACCCGGAAGCCGAAACGAUUCUCAUCAACGAGAAUGGAACCGUUGAUCAAAGUUAUGCAGACCCCAAUGAUUUUACUAACCAUGAGUUCAUGACUGACAUAUUAACAACCGAGAAACCAUCCAAAGUGACUUAUCCAAAGCCCCAGUUUAAGCCCAAGCCCAAGCCAACGCAAGGAACUGAACCUAAUAAUUACGUACUUGUACAUACCAUUUCUACCGACUCCAAAGAUAGCGAAAACCAAACUACGAAACCAACUGUUUCGGUACACAACAUUCAUUCAAUCGAAUCUAUCAUACUCAUGUUGAAUGAAACAAACCUUGGACCGCAAUAUGAAACUGACAAUAAUAAUCCCGAUAAUAUUGAUGAGACUAAAAUCGACAAUGUAACUCUAGCACAGACCACAUACGAGACGACUUCCCCAGAAACUUUUGCCACGGCCUCUAUCGAUUACGAUAAAUAUGGGUCAACAAGUUUCUUCAUUACAAAACCUCCGAAAACCAGCCCCCCAGAAACCUCUUUGUCCACAAAAGUCCCUUCGACAAGUUACGUCUACAGUCCAAAGCCUACCCGACGACCUAUUCUGGAACCAAUUGUAGUCCAAGCGACUCUGCUAACAAGUGGUUACGGAACAACUGCAGUCACGCAGAAAGAGCCAGUUAUCUCCGUAUCCACGUCUCGUCCACCACCAACAAAACUCAUUGUUACAGCUGGCCCUUCAAAACGACCAGCCAUCAUAACCAGCGAACCGGAACACUCUCUCACAUCGGGUUACUAUACCAUUUCAACAAGUUCGCCUUCUGCACCCGUUGCUAUCUCUUCGGUCCAACCGACCAAAAAAGUUACAACAGUACCAACCAAGCGUCCGCCACCAUCAACGACCGUAAAGCUACCCGAAUAUAUCGUACAAUCAUCAACCUUAUCCCAUCAGUCUCCGUCUACCCUAGCGAAUGUUAACUACGUACACAUUUCCAGCGCUUCAGACAACCCAUCUCCAACCGUGCAUAUAACUCCUAAACCGGUUCCAGGUCUCGUAACCUCCAGCACCUGGAGCAACAAACUACCUAGCUCGACGGUAAACCAACGUCCUAGCUUCUACGAAAACACUCCGCCGCCAGUUUAUGUAUCAUCUCUUGCCGAUUUUGAGGAUGAAGGUUACUUCGGAGUCACGCAACGACCCGUUACAAGACCGACCAUUUCUUCCACUGCAAUGUACACGAUCGUCGACAACAGCGUCGUGAGCAAUUAUGCCUCAUCCACAUACUCUCCAUAUGGUCCAACAGCAGGUUACCAAACGAUGACGCGUGUACCUGUUCAUUCUCCCUCCAAUCACAUCUACAUGGAGUCGACAACAAUCAAAAACGAACUCUAUACCACCCCGGACGACAUCAACAAUUUUCCACCUGUACGAAACCCCAACCUGAAUCUAACGGACUCCAUGAUGGGUAAUAUGACCAAAAUUGAAAACUCUGGAAUCAAGGAUGACAAAGUUAACAUGUUGGUCAACAAAAUCGUGGAAUCAUUCAAUGGGAAUUUCGAAGAACUAGAGGCCAUACUUAAGGAAAGAAAGAAUAUUACUUUGAGUUCAACUACGGAUAAGAAUAAAACAACCACACGCAAACCGGUGACCAAGAAAAAGAAGAAACGCCCUAGUGGCAGCAAAAAGCCAUCCAACGGAACAUCAACAUCAACGAACUCAUCGAAAAAACCAACCACCGCGAAACCAACGGUAAUCCAGCAGGACACUGCCUCGCAGACUACGGUCAAACCAUCUCCGAAGCCAUCCAAGAAACCCAGCAAGAAACGACCCAGCAAUUCCACCAAACCAACUUCAUCAUCGUCAUCGAAGCCGGUUGCACCUACCACCCUUUCUGAUCCGACGAAACCUGCGAAACCUUCGAGCACAAAACCAAAACCGUCCAGCUCGUCAACACGCCCAAAACCAACCAGCAGCACCUCCGGUUCGAAGCCCGCUGCGGACGACGCCAAACCUCCAGCGACCACGAAGAAACCAAAUCGCCCCUCGACUUCGAAGAAACCUUCCAAGAAGCCCACCAGCCGACCGACGCUAGCCGACACGGAACCAGUGACGGUAAUUACAACCCGCAAACCGACCAAGGCGACAAAGCGUACUACUAAGCGACCUACGACUACGACCACUAGUACCACGACUACGACGACGGCCCCUGAAGACGAGAUUAUCGAGGAAGAGGAGGAAACCGUGGACGAGGAAGAGGAAGAGGAGGACGUUGGAGAGGAAACGAACGAAACCAUCGAAGGCCAGGCGCAAGGGACACGAAGAAUACUUUGUGGUCAGCGACCACUAAUGAAGAGCGCACGUGUUGUCGGCGGAAAGGCUGCCAAAUUCGGCGAGUGGCCCUGGCAGGUGUUGGUACGGGAAUCGACCUGGCUCGGAUUGUUCACCAAGAAUAAGUGCGGCGGAGUUCUUAUCACGAAUGAAUACGUCAUCACGGCUGCUCACUGUCAACCGGGCUUCCUGGCAUCUUUGGUAGCAGUUUUCGGCGAAUUUGACAUCUCGAGCGACCUAGAAACGAAACGGUCCGUCACGAAGAACGUCAAACGAGUAAUUGUGCACCGGCAGUACGAUGCGGCUACCUUCGAGAAUGAUCUUGCCAUACUGGAACUGGAAAGUCCUAUACACUACGAUGUACAUAUAGUGCCAAUUUGCAUGCCAGCUGAUGAAGCCGACUUCACCGGCCGAAUGGCAACAGUAACCGGUUGGGGACGGUUAACGUACGGUGGUGGAGUGCCUUCAGUACUACAAGAAGUCCAGGUUCCAGUGAUAGAGAACAGUGUCUGCCAAGAGAUGUUCCACAUGGCUGGACACAACAAGAAGAUCCUGCCGUCGUUCGUUUGUGCUGGUUACGCGAACGGCAAGCGAGACUCCUGCGAGGGUGACAGUGGCGGUCCACUAGUGCUGCAGCGUGCGGACGGCCGCUACGAACUGGUCGGAACCGUGUCCCACGGCAUUCGGUGUGCGGCACCGUACCUGCCGGGAGUGUACAUGCGAACGACUUUCUACAAACCGUGGCUUCGAAGUGUCACCGGCGUGAAGUAGGCGUUCAGCGACUGAGGAAAUGGCCUCUUCCCAUCCCUUUCCCCCUCUCCGAAGGUGUUUAAUUAGUUUGUACUGGCGUGGGUAUGCGAGCCAGCGGUGCGUGCAUGAGAGGAACUUUCCGAACGAAUGUGGAAUGGAAAUCGUUGGGCGAUCGAGCGAACGAACGAGUCACUAGCAAAAUUUCUUAGAUAGUUACGUUUUAGGGAACAAAUUGCAAUAAUUUAUCUAGCGAGUAGAUGGAUGUGAUUUGGAGUCAUUGUUAAGAUUAAUUUAUUAUUGUUGUUAGUUAUUAAAUUAUUUAUUUAUUAGUCGGUAAAUGAACAGAACAAACGCAUCAGAUGAACAGUAGAAUCAAGA